CGGGCGCCAACGUUCAGCUCACCGCGUGCAGAUCCGACAACAUACAUUCUCACGUGCGACCGUACAAAUAUUCGCAUUUCGGAGCAAAUUUUUUUUUCCAGUGCAACGAUUCGCAUCCCCCCGUUUAGAUUUAACAUGAACAUUGUGUAAAAUGUUGACGUAAACAUAUAUAUGUGUUUUUUUUACACAAAGAUAGUAAAGCUAAACCUCUGGGCUGGCAUAAGGACGCCGCGGUGGCGAAUGUGCGGAUCGCAGACGCGCGGUUGGUGCUCGCGGUGGUCGUCGCAAGAUGGCGGGCGAGCCCGUGUAUUGCGUUUGCCGCCUCCCUUACGAUGUCACUCGCUUCAUGAUCGAAUGCGACGUCUGCAAGGACUGGUUCCACGGCAGCUGUGUUGAUGUUGAGGAGAGUGCAGCAGCCAGCAUUGACCUGUAUCACUGCCCCAACUGCGUGAAGCAUCAUGGUCCCUCUGUCAAAGCUCCUUACCCCCGUGCAGUGCGCAGGCGGAGGAACCAGAGCUCAAAGCAGCAGGAGGCAGGAGUGGUGCUUGACAAGGUUUCGGGAACGGCUGGGGGGAAAGGCGUUACUGGAGGGGGCGCCAUGUUGGCAGGGGCGGGCUUGGGCGGGAGCAAACCCGUGCAGACUGGCUCCUCCAUCUUCAUCAAGGAGCUGCGCAGUCGCAUGUUUCCCAGUGCGGACGAUGUUCUGCUGAAGCCGCACGGCAGUCAGCUGACACUGCAGUACCUGGAGCAGGCCGGCUUUGAGACGCCCAUCCUCGUCGCCAAGAAGGAUGGUCUGGGCAUGAUGGUGCCACCCACCUCCUUCACCGUGAGCGACGUGGAGCAAUACGUGGGCAGUGAACGUCUCAUCGAUGUGAUUGACGUGCCCCGCCAAGCGAGCGUGAAGAUGACGCUGGGCGAGUUUGUACAGUACUACAACAGCCCCAAUCAUGGCCAGGUGAUGAACGUCAUCAGCCUGGAGUUCUCCAACACCCGCUUGUCCGCGCUUGUGGAGCCACCCGAGGUGGUGCGCAACCUGUCGUGGGUGGAGAACUACUGGCCCCUGGACUCGCAGUUCCCCACCCCACACGUGGAUAAGUACUGCCUGAUGGGCGUCAAGGACAGCUACACUGACUUCCACAUCGACUUUGGUGGCACCUCCGUGUGGUACCACGUACUCAAGGGCGAGAAGAUCUUCUAUCUGAUCAAGCCAACCAACGCCAACCUGGCCCUGUACGAGCGCUGGAGCCUCUCUUCCAACCAGAACGAGAUGUUCUUCGGGGACCAGGUGGACAAGUGCUACCGCUGCACGGUGAAGCAGGGCCAAACGCUGCUCAUUCCCACAGGCUGGAUCCACGGCGUGCUCACCCCCGUCGACUGCAUCGCCUUUGGUGGAAACUUCCUUCACAACCUCAACAUCGGCAUGCAGCUGAGGGUGUCUGAAAUGGAAAAGCGCCUCAAGACGGCUGACCUCUUCUCCUUCCCCAACUUCGAGACGCUGCUGUGGUACACCGGCCGGAGCCUCCUUGAGACCUUCCGUGAGCUGCGAGCACGCGGGAACCAGCCGCCCGCCUACCUGACGCAAGGAGCCAAGGCCCUCAACUCCACCCUUCGCUCGUGGAUGCGCAAGGAGGUGCUGGGGGACCAUGAGCCAGAUAUCCCAGAUGACAUCAACUAUGGGCAGCUCACCAAGGAUCUGGCGAAGGAGAUCCGCAUUGCGGAGAAUCCCCCAAGUGGCGGUGGCGGCGGUGUGACGGGGGCAGCUGCGGGAGUGGGGGGCGGCCGCCGCGGGGUUGCACGAACCACCUGGGGCGGGGCUGAGCCGCUGCUGCUGGAGCCGGGCCCUCGUGCCGUGCGGCUCGUGCCCGGUCACACGGCGCUGUCGGACAGCGAGGGGGAGCCGGGCGAGGUGAUCAUCGGCGUGCGCCACAAGCCUCCGCGCGCCCUCGGCCCCGACGCCGGCCCCGGCCCCGUCGCGGGCCCCGGCACCGCCAAGGGCAAGCGCUCGAAGAAAGGGAAAGGACGCGCAGCGAAGGCCAACAUGGGGCUCGACGCUCUGGAGAUUCACACGGUGGAGGGGCUGCACAAGAUGGGCACGACUAAGAAGGGCGCGAAGGCGACUCCUCGUUCACCGCAGAAGGGCAGGCUGGGCAAGGGUGUGCAGAUAGUGCCCACUGGCGCAGACGUGAAGACCCUGGACAGCGAGAACGUUCGUCUCGUGCUGUCCAACGGCAAGGUGCUGAGCAAAAAGAAGACCAAAAAAAAGCUUGGCAGUCCAUUUAAACAUCACACCAAGGAUCUGAAGCAGGGGGAGGUGGGGAAGUUUGAGCCGAUGUUUGGCGUGGGAGGAGGUGCCGCGGGAGGCGUUGUAGUGGCCGCUCCCGUGGGGGGCACAGUUGUGGUGGGGGGCACUGGGGCGGCCGCAGGUCUCAAGAAGGAGGCUAAGACUGCGAGGGAUGCCUACGACUAUGACUCGGACGAGGACCGCAUGGCGAUCGAUGAGACGCCCAUCAAGAAGGGCCGCAAGGAGGCGUGGAAGCACACAGGAAAAGAGCGGCCAGUUAAAGUGGAGGUGAAGAAAAGCUGGGCUGUGCCUGCAUCCGCUGUAAAGAAGGAAACCAAGGCCAGCCCAGUGGUGGAGCCCGGCUCUGAGGACGAGGAUUCCCUGCAGAUUGACGUCGGGGGUGCGGGCGGAGUGGCCGAGGGGGCCGUGCCCCGUGGCGUCGGAGGCUCCAUCCUCGACCUGCUCAAGGCCAGCCGGCAGGUUGGCAACGACGGUGAGCCGCCGGCAUCUCCAAGCACGCGCGAGGCUAUCCAGGGCAUGCUCUCGAUGGCGGGCUCAGCCACGCGGCUCGGCUGGCCCGUAACCGGCUCCCAGGUGGGCGGGCGAAGGCACGCGGCGGCCGCCGCGGCCAUGGCCGCGGCGGCCGCGGCCGCUGCCGCCGCGGCCGCGGCCACUGGGACGACAACGGCGGCGGGCGAUGCCAGGAGAGGGGCCCAGCGGCAGAGGCCCGAGGCGCGGCCCGGCCGCUCGACGAGCGAGGGGGAUGGGGAUUCUGAGGACGACGACCUGGACCCGUGCUUCAAGGACUCGGAGUACGUCUACCCUUCCCUGGAGUCGGACGACGAGGAGCCGGUCUUCAAGUCUCGCACCAAGAAGAAGAAGGGCGUGGGAGAUGCACCUUGGAACCCUGGAGCCAAAGUGGUGCCUACGGUGCCACGUCCCGAGCGGCCGGUGAGAGAGGGUACGCGCGUCCCCUCCAUCGAGACCGGCCUCGCUGCUGCCGCCGCUAAACUCUCACAGCAGGAACAGCACAAGCCGGCCAAGCGGAAGUACCUGCGCAAGCGUGCCGCCACCGUGCCGGGGGCGGGGGGCGUGGGAGAGGUGGACCCCCUCGCCGCAGGGGCCGCCGCCGUCUCCGCCGCCAUCUCCGCGACCGCUGAGGGCAGCGACCCUCUUGGGGAGGAACCCCCCAAAGAACCCCAGGGCUCCCCGGACGCUCGCUCACAGGAGUUCUUCACGGGGAGCCUCGCCGACCACGAGUACACGUCGGCAGGGGGCGGCACCUUCGGCCUGGCGCGGGGAGCCACGCCCAUGGCUCCCGGCGUGUUCCUGUCAUCACGGAGACCCAGCGCCCCCGUGCCCAGCACCCCCACCGCCAACCUGGGGUCCCCCAAAGCGGGGAAGAGGCCUCGGAAGGGUCUGGCCACUGCCAAGCAGAGGCUGGGGAAGAUCCUGAAGAUUCAGAAGAACGGCCGCUUCUUAUUGUGAGCGCUUAAUUGGGGGGGGGGGGGGGGUUGUGUGUUUGUGUUGACAGAGAGAUCUUGACGUGCUCGGAGUUCCUUCAAUGCACGCUCCGGCUAGCCAAUACUACCACCGUGGCCUAUAGACAGUGUUGGGAGGAUGUAUUUUGAAAAUAAAUCCAUCUUUAUUACUUCUUACUUCACAUUUUGAACUAGUUAUGUAUUUAUUUUAUUGUUAGAGCACUGUAUUCCGUUUGAUUGCUUUUAUGAUCUGCAUAGUCAAAUUCAAAGGGUAUCUCGCUGCUCUAAGGCGCAAACGGGCACCACUUAUUUAGAACUGUUGAUGUCCCUGCGGCUGGUGUUGGGAAUUCCACAUUCCCGAAGAAAUGCCAGUGUCUAUAAAUCGUCGAAAGUUGACUUACCUGCAAAUUGGUGCUAAAUUUAUGAGAAGAAAUAGAUACUUACAAGCUGAGUCAACCCUCCCAUUCAUUAACUUAUUUAACCAGGAGAUAAAGUGAACUCGUUUAGAUGCAUGAAACAACAUUUCCCCUUUUGCCAGCGUGUGCACUUUUAAUUCACAAGCUAAUGACUUAGAGGUGAGCACUUUGAUUUAGCUUUCAUUUGAACGAUUUAACCUCGGAAUUAACAGAAUCGUUCAACUAAUAUUGUUGCUGUCCUGACAUUAACAUAAGCUACCAGUGAGAUUAUUUUACCCUUUGAUUUUUUGACAUGUUUAUAAUUUAGGAUGUAAUCGUAAAAGUUAUUAUUUGGAAUGUGCUAAAUGUAAUUAAAUUGUACACUAAAAAUGGAGUAAUAUGUCACGAACGGUCACCUGCGUUUAGUGAUCCAAGUGCAGUGAUGCGUCCCCCCCCCCCCAGCACUGCCUACAAAAGCCACACACACGGACACAGCUUCACACACGCAACAGCAGCAACACUGGUAUAUCGCACUCCGGAGGAUCCGAGUACGUCAUACGUCACAAGUAUUUCAAUGAUGGUGCAAUUUUUUCAUUAUCUUUUUCUCUCAGUGUUAGCGAGCAAGCCACAAUGGUCGCAGUAGAUGCAGCCCACUGCCAACGCAUGCACUACAGGUGUUGCAUUAAAGUCUUGGUAAAAGUUCGUAGCUUAAAUUCCGAUUCUCGUUGAGGCCACAUUUUGCCAAUGUCAAUUUGGCAUGAACAAGAUGCAAAUUAUUUCCUUUGGCAUUGGUAGUUAAGCACAAAAAGCACCUCCGCUGUCGUGAUUAAACCUGAUCCCGUAGUUUUGUUGCAAAGUCAAUGGCUGUCCUGCAAGGUCUGGUCUGAGUCUCGUCAUCGUCGCCACCAUCUGGCUGUAGGUCUACUAUUUUGUCUGUGACCUCGGGGCUGCUCAAAUGUCUGUCUGGGUGACCUGCCUCUUCCAGUCUGCAUACAUCUCCGUCCAUCGCUGUCUUGCUCAAACAAGCAAUGUGGCAGUGCUCAUCUCCAUUGGCGGCUCUGGUUGAAAUUCCACAUUCCCAUGGUGGAGGCCAGUGACAAACACUGAUGACUUCCUACAAAAUGGUUAGUACUUCCCACUCGCAGUUGGAAGGUCACGAGUUUAAAUCUUAAUCGGGGGUCAACUCGUCCUAUCAUCUCUCCAGGGCCGAUAUAAUUAUAACUUUUUGUGGGAAUUCCACAGAAGUCACCCUCUUACAAAUUAGGCAUUUGAUUGGUGGUGGAUAUGGGAUGUUUUUGGUCUGUGCACCAACCAAAACAAUCGUUGAAUAAACAAGAAACUUGGUCAGAUGUUCAAUCCUACACAAUACUGUUUACUUCCACAAGAGCUCGAUUGUGUUUGUUAUUUCAGCGCCUCACACUUGUUAGGUGUUAUUGCUGGUCUCUGCAGCUGGGUCUUGUCAUGGGGUCUAGUAAGAGUGAUGAGCGACAUCUGUAAUGUCAAUGAUGGGUCACUGUAAUACGCCUCAUGCAUGUGGUGGUGAAGGAUAUCGCGAAAGAAAUACAUGUGUUUUGACUAUUGCCUGUGUCAUACAUUGAAACGAAUGGCAAUUAAUGUGUAAUGCAUUUCAUAAGCCAUUUGUUUCAAUGGGAAAAAUAAUAAAAUCACUAUAUCCUUCAGAAAGGUAUUGCCCAUUGGUAAAAUGUUGUUGCCUAAAGUGAGAAAUACCAUGUGAUAUAGGCAAUAGCAAGUCAAUAGGUACCCAGAAACACCAGGACGUGCUAAUGGUAAUACUAUUCUUGCCGCGUACUGGCCAUUAUCACCAGUCUUAUAAUUGGCAUUUUUGGACAUCGUCACACGCGUGCCCUGUCGCAACACAGUAUAAGUUACAUAGAGAUUGAGUGAAGGUGUGUGUGUGUAAUCCUUUGAGGUGGUGGUUCAAUUGUCACUGAGAAGAAGCUAACCUGUGACCACGUGAGCAACAAUGUGUUUUUAUAUUGGGAAAUCCGCGGUCUGUGAGACAGUCUGGCCAAGCAGUUUUGAAAUAAAUAAUGAGAAUAGUUAAAAACUAUAGGAAAUCUUAAACGUUUGUUGUUUUGUUGUAGAUUUUUUGUAUUUAUUUAUGACUUUUUUCUAAUCACAAUACUGCAGUGUAUUAUCAUUUGUAACAUUUUCGGAUGACAUGUUGCAAGCAUUUUUUAAAAUUUACUUUAACAUUUAGAGGCAAGACUUAUUUUACUAAAUAUGCUCUCCGUUUCGAAAUGUCGUAAGCUUUUUUGAGAUAUUAUUUCGUAUUCUAAUUUAAGUGUGCAUAAGUUCUGUAAAAAAAAAAAGUUUAUUACCUCUUACACACUAGUUUCUAAUAAAUAUUAAGCCCAAAAUUAAAGCACUGCAGAUUUAGUGAGUUCUGUAAAAUGUUCUACUUACCCUACGUUAUAACAAGUGGCCCAAUGAAGUGUCGGUCGUCAUAAGUGAAUUGGUAUUGGUGAGUUCGAUCAAACGUUAGGCCCUGGUAAAUUUGGCUAAAGUCACCCCACAGCUCGACCCUAUGAAAAAUGUGAAGACUAAUUUUAGCUGGGUCGAACGUCAAAUAAUGAAGCAUUUCCCUGCUGAAAUAUAAUGCGUGGCAGUGCUCUUCUGCUGACAACAAGCCAUUGUCAGAAUAAUUGCACAUUCCUGCUGUGCGCGACCAUCCUCUCCAUGAAACCAACCCCCGUGAGGAAGUAGUUUUGGCUGAGUUGACCCCCAUCCUGGAUAUUCGAACGUCCGUCCGUCCCACCGAGUCGUGUGAUCUAAUCACAGAGCCACUGGGCGCAUGUGAGAAUAUUCCAUUGAGAUCGCGUAAGAUCACCGAAAACCACUGAACAGCUGACGUGAGCACCUAGUGUGUACGAGGUAUCGGUGAACACUUGUAUUUUAUUGUGUUCUUAUCUGCACAGCGGCACCGACUUUGGCAGUUGUGCAAUCUGCCAUCAGCCCACCUAGGCCUUCCCAGUUGCUCCAGAGGAAGUUCAGCGCAGUGCUCAUCCUUUGUCCACUGUUAACACGUUUGUGAUGAGAGUGAAUUUGAGAAAAGUUGCAGCUUUGUUUUAUCGUAACAUCACUUAGAAUGUGUAUGCUACUCCACUGUGUGUCAAUUUGUAAAACGCAGGUAGGUAAUUGAGACUGGAACCGAUGAUUACCAAUGAACAAGCAAUAUAUAUAAAAAAAAUUGGUGCGUUGAGCCUGAAGUUAAAAUGAAGACGUGAGAAUCAUUACCCGAACCCAGGUGGAUAGCGGGGCAGCUGUUUGUGCAGAUAAAAGCAGAUUUGCUGAGAUGACUUUUAAUUUGUCGCUUUGUACCCUCCCAACUAACUGAACGGAUACUGUUCUUACUGUUUGUGGUACGCAAUUCAGUUGACCGCUCAGACUCGUGAGUUACCGGUAAUAAGUUUAUGUUUUAGACAUUAAACUAGAGUGUAAAAAAAGAAUAUAUAUUUUUUUGCAGCCAACAAUAUUCUGACUAAGUUCGAGUUAAGGCUUUCUUUUUGUGUACAUUUACAAACUCUGCAGACUGUCUAUUUGACAGCGUAACGAGAAGCAUUAUUUUAUACGGAACACAAUUGUAACCGGCCCAACAUGUUUUUUUAAAACACUGAAAGUUUUGAGAAUAGUUCUGUUGUAUUUUGUAAGCAGCUUUUUGUAGGUUGUUAACAGAGUUUUGAAAUCUGUUUUUUUUUAAAUGACACUUAACGAUAGUAACCCGCAUUUAAAGGCCGUGAUAAAAACCUUUUUGUACUUUGUAAUGUAAUCAUUUCCCGUGUGUUCAUUGCGUGCGGUUGUCACUUGUACAGACGUGUUUGUGUAUGGGUUUGAAAGUGAUGUCUCAUUCAAGGUUAUUUGCCUUCAUAGACACCACAUGUAUCAUCCAGAAGUGCUUGGAACUAAUGGUUUUAUUUGUCCAUUAAAUUUUCUGGUUAUUGCUAUU